AUGUAAAGUUGAUUCAAAAGCCUAUAAAGAUUGUUGUUAUAAAAAACGAAUUAUUAAAUCAAAUAAUAAAAUAAAAGAUGAUGAAUUUUAUAACUAUUUUUUAAUUAAAAUGUUAAAUAUUUCACAAAAUAAUCCACCAAAUGUUGAUAAAUUUCAAAAAAUACAUGAUCAAAUUUUAUCAACUUUUGAAUUAGAGUUAUUGAGAGAUGGUGGGUUUUGGAUAACCAAAAUUGAUAAUUCUCAAUUCACAAACGAAGAAAAAUUAAAUCUUCAUAAAAUAUGUGAAGAACAUAUUAGAAUUUUAUUAGAACAAUUGCAACAAUCUGAUUAUCAGAGAAUACAAAAUAGUAUACUUAAAGAAACUAAUAUUACAAACUUGGAAGUUGAUAGAUAUUGGUUUAGAAAGAUAAAUAGAAGUAGUUUAAGUGAAAAUCAACAAAAAGAAUUAAAUGAUUUACGUGCUAAAACCUUAAUUACUCUAUCGAAUAAACAAUAUGAUGAGAUUAGAAAAGAAAUUUUAGAAACAAAUAAUUCGUUUUUAUUAGAGGAUAGAGAAGAUAUUGAUAGACGAAUUCGAUUGCUAAAAGAUGAUAAUCUAACUGAUGAAAAACAAACAAUAAAAUUACAAGAAAUGUGUCGUGGACGUUUACAGGAUCUAUUACAAGUAAAGGAAAUAUCAAAUUAUGAUCGACUUGAACAUUUGUUGUAUACAUAUGUUAGAAGACAAAGAGUUGAGUUAUUAUCAAAUGAAAGUAUUCUUACAGAAUCUAUUAAUGAUCUUAAUCAACAUUCAGAAACAAACAGAGAAACUUUAGCAAAUGAAGAACGUUAUAAUCUUAUAAUUCAAUCAUUAGUAGAAUCUGUUCUUGAACCUCCAAGAACAAUUCAAAUAUUACAAAAUUUAAGACAAGAACUUUAUAAUAAAAUAACACAAUCAUCAUAUAGAAUUAAAAAAAUUAAAAAUCUAAAAGAAGCAUUUGAUUGGUUGAUAGAUUUGCUAGAGAAAAAAGAAAAAAUAUAUAAUCUUUUUAAUGAAAUAAUAAUAAAUUAUAUCAUGGAAUAUCCAAAUGGAAAAUAUACAAAUAAAUUACAGGAAGAAAAAUAUUUUAACAAUGAGAUUGAUAAAAUAGAUAAAAAAACAUGCGAUGUUGAUAUGUUUAAUGAAAAUAUUACAGAUUUUAUAGAUAAAACUAUAAAAAAAAAUGUAAUAUAUAAAUUGAUAAAAGAAAUUUACCAGGAAAGUGGAGUAGCGUGGGUGAGAAAAAUUAGUAAAAAAGUAAAAGAUACUCAUGAUGAA